CAAUACAACUCAGUUACUCUGACAGCGCCGUGGUCCAACAUUAUAAGCAAAUUGACGACGCGUGGCAACAAUGAGGAGACAACAUCAAAGCACAUAUCGCUCACAGAUGAGUGGUCGCAGGGUCCAAGGCAAAAAAAUCUUUACGAGCAUCAGACCAUACACGUAUCAGCAUCGAACACCCGGGCGGGGCCAAUGAGUCCAGGUUCAGAUCAAGAAAAGGUGGGGCUGAAACGGAAGUGUAUGAGGUCGGAAAUUCGUCGAGAACAAUGCCGAGCAAAUCAAGCUCGGUACCGAAACAAGCAACGCAACCUUCAGCUGCGACUGGAGGCAAGCGUCGAAGAGCUGCGCCAAGAGCUAUGUCAUUUGAAGCGCAGGCGACAGGAUAUUGUACUCGCCGAGAAAACGGAUCAAAAUCCCUGGAUCAUCGUGGCUGAAGUAUUCCGUAUCCUCCAAAAUAGCUUCCGCAGCCCCUGGAACCUUGAGAAUGAUGAGGCCAUGAAAAAUGACAUCGAAACUCGAAAGAACCUAGAUUUUGUACAGAAAACUUUCACGGCCGAUGUGGCAAUGGGAGACCUCAAUGGAAUCGACGAGCUGAUCAGUCGAUGGCGGCGGUACUCGCAGUACUUUGGUGAUGCACGUAUUUAUCUCCAGCAUGUGGAGUGGCUAGCUCCAGGUGUGAUGACGGCUACUGCGAGACUCCAUGUGACUAUCUCAGAGCUCAUCGUGCGCUUCGCGUUUCCGCAUCUGUCGGAGAUCGAACCAGUCAGUAAAUAUGACAUAAACCCUCCGCUGCGUGAAAGACUCAAGGGGCAACACCUUGAUUGUAGCAUCUCGAUUGAUUUUCACUUUGACGCAGAUAGUGGUCGUGUGACGCGAUUAGAACCUCGCGUUGAUGUGAUGCCGGCGUUGCUUCGGAUGCUUGGUGAUCCCAGUGACGUGGCGGAGGUGUGCUAUCCGUGA